AGUUCGCUCAGAAUUUUUUACAACCUGACUUUAUCAAAAAACAUCCGUACCUCUGUCUGAUUUUGCAGCCGUAUUCAGCUUCUGACUCGAAAAAACGUAGCGAUUGCAUUUGUUCUGACCGCAAGAGCCCGAUAUAGUACAUCAAUCUAGAAGCUAUGAAGUGCUCUCUCGCAACCAAAAUUACCCCCCUCUUUUUCCUCACCGCCACCCUCUCCAUCUCUGCUAUUUCCGCCGCCAGAGCGAGUUCGGGUAGUAGUUCCUCUGCGCAGCAGGAAAAAUUAUCAGGGAGCACGACCACAAAGUUUCUCCCCACCACGGAGCCGACCCGCACCCUUCCGACUAAUAAAUCAGGCCUCGAAAUCCCAGACCUGAGUCAGAUCUGGAAUUCCGAAUUCAAUUCGGACGGCUCAGGAGUACUAGGUACUUCUGCGGAUCAAACCCCCCUUUCGGUCGACAUUCGCAACAAACUCCCGGCUGCGACGACGUUGACCGGCAAAAAGAUGGAGGCUUCCUACCCCGAAAACCUUUUUGUCGUGAAAUCGCCGGCCAUCAGGCGUUUGAUGUCCAUCGUGAGGGAUAAAGCCACGGACCAAUUCACCUACGUUCGCUACAGCGACCGGGCGAUGCGGUUGUUGGUCGAAGAGGCGCUGAGCUACCUUCCGCACAACGACUAUGGAAGUGUCAGAAUGGAAAUCCUCAAAGUGGAAAUAAUUUGUAAUGCAAGAAAACGACUCCAGUUGAAGUGCCAUUUCUAGUCGGCGCAUAACAAAUUCACCCGGCGCUCAAAGCAUGUCUGUCAUGCGAGUUAGGGCAAAGGGGUGCCCUUCUCUCGUGCUGAUCAGCAGCCCAAUUCUGAACCGGUAGAAGAACAAUAGUCGGCCUCCAUUGCGUCCUCUGCAAUACAGUCUUUUUGGUGUCGCAUUUCUUGCAUCACAAACUAUUUCCACUUUGAGAGUUUCCAUUCUGAGGCCUUCAUAACGACAAAAACGUGGAGACGGCGUGUGGGACGUACGAGGGCAGUGAGUUAGUAGUGCCGGAGAGGGAACUGGCUGCGGUAUGAUCGGAUUUUUUUUUGAUGAUGAUUUUUGUGUGCUGGACGAUGGAUGCUCACGGUUCCAGCAGCGAGUCGCUUCGGUUAGACCACCUGCGCCUUGUUGAAUGAUCGGCUACGGCAUAUUCGAAGUCAGGGUUUCGGUUUAUUGUGGCUCUGAUCAUAGUGAUCCUCAUUUUUUCUCAGGUAAGUGUCGUGCGCUCUGGCAACACGAUGCUGGAGGCGGUGCGUCAAGUAAUUCCGGACGUUGCCGUCGGUCACAUUCUCGUGCAGCGGGAUGAAAGUGAUCCGGAGAAAAAACCGAAAUUCUACUACCAGAAAAUGCCGAACGGUGUCGAGAAAAGGUACGGAAGUUUUUUGAAAGAUAUUGACACUCUGAUUUUCUGAAGCAGAAUGAGGAUGAGUUAAGCGUGAGCCAAAAUGGAAGAACUUCACGACGGGAGGAUGAAGGGAAGUAGCAAACGAGCCGUCCUCCGCCAAGGACAGUAUGCAAAGUAUAUUCAUCAAACAUUGUAGGUACGUUCUCCUCUGCGAUCCGAUGCUGGCCACCGGUGGCAGUGCAAACGCGGCGAUCAAGUGUCUGAUUGAAGAGGGGAAGGUGAAGGAAGAAAACAUUCUCUUCGUCAACCUCGUGGCUGCACCCGAAGGAGUGAAAAAAGUUUUUGACGCCUACCCGAAAAUCAAAAUUGUGUCCGCCGAGGUAGAUCCUGGGUUGAACGAGUCGAAAUUUAUCGUGCCGGGACUCGGAGACUUCGGGGACAGGUACUAUAACACCGGGGACGAACACUAAGAGGCGUCCGAACGCAAGAUGGAAGUACGAAGGAGAACGCUCCUGGUGUGUCUAUGUUACGCAUGCAGCUCGCUUCUUCGAAAAUUUUGAACAGGGUGGACUAGCAUGUAUCAUGCGAGUCUAUUUUUUGAAUGUGAAGAGCAAGAGGACUACUGAAGUGAUAGCGAAGUGCUCAGAGGUGAAACAAGAUCUACGCGAAGCAUAUGCGUAUAGAUAGUUUCCUGCGAUCCAACACUUGGUACCGACGCAACCUCGGGUGCUUCUGCUAUUCCUAUUUCUGCUCCACUUUCACUUUUGUUGUUUUGGUGCACGCUCAGUGGCAAUUCUUACUCGGAAAUAAAUCUAUGAUAUCUAAUGACAUGAUGAAAAUGCAACCCCGCCGAACAAGAAUCUAACGGUAACGAAUACUCACACACCAAUAUUAAACGCAGUAGGUCGUGCUUUCUCGCCGGCAACUACACUAGAUAUACCAGAUGUGGAUAUAACAAUGCAACAAGCUGGCAAAAGCCAUCGACUGCUCUCAGGGUGGCCAAGCGCAUGUAAAGGAACUCGCGUGCCUGCGUCUGUGGAUAGCACCAUCGCUGAUCGUCAUCAGCGCCGGCCCAGAUGAAGACGAACGCCUGGCAUUUCGACGCCAAAACUUGAAUAAAGCAAUUUGAGCAACGGCAACGCUAACGCAGAAAAGGAAUUCCGUAAGUUUGUAACGCAAUCAUGAAUGCCGAAGCCGAUACAUACGUCCCUUCCCUUGCCUUGGCUUCUUCAUACAU